AUGGCAGACGCACCUGGUGAACCGCUUACAAUGGGCUCCAAGGCUAAGGGCAUGUUCUCAUCGGCCAGCCAAAACUUUGAUCAAAUCAGCAGAAUUUGCGAGCAUGUCUGUGGGUUCCAUUUUUAUGCUCACGACCAAACACGCCAAGUGCAUGCGCAUCAUUUGUGUACUCGUGUCAAUGAGGACUUCCGUCAAUGUAUCAUUUAUGAUUCACCCAGAGCCGAUGCUCGCCUGAUCGGUAUCGAGUACAUCAUCUCGGAGAAGCUAUUCGAUGGUUUGCCUGCCGAUGAGAAAAAAUAUUGGCAUUCUCAUGACUACGAGGUGCGUGGUGGUAGUUUAGCUAUGCCCAUGCCCAAGGGUGUACCCGAAGCUGUUGUACAAGUGCCCGAAAAGCAGGCAUUGGCCACAUUGCAAAAGACAUAUGGCAAGACUUGGCAUACUUGGCAAGUGGAUCGUGGCGAUAACCUACCCUAUGGACCUGCUCAAUUGAUGAUGGCACUCACUGCUGAUGGUCAGCUUGAUCCUAAAUUGGAUGAGGAGCGUGAAAGAGACGAAGGCAUCUCAACCCAGAAAAAGAAGGAAGAACGAAAGGAUUACUUUGAGCCCUAUCAACCUCAUGCGGGUGCUGAUAGUUGGCAAUCCGGAAAUGCAGUCCAAGUCAAACCAGAGGAAGUCCCCUUCAAAGCCAAGUGA